GUUCAUCUUGAAAGUUAUGGUAUUUCCAUAAUACGGCCCCGUAGGCGAUGAUCAAAUCAUAUGACAGCUGUAUGGGCGUUGGUUUUUGGUCUGUGCUGGUCGAGCGAAGUCCUGCUUGUCUCACUGCGGUAGUCGUUGCCUGCUACACGAGUCGGUGAUCCUUGCGAAUCGAGACCGGAGCUACAAUCUUUGUUUGAAAGCAAUAACCAGUUAUCAAGAUGGCCUUCCCGCCGACUCGUGGCCUGGUCAAGGCCAAGAAGUACGACUGGAAGGAUUCUAACUUGGCACUAUUCGGUUCCGAUACCGAGAAAUCGAUCAAGAAGGAAUCGGCAAAGACAGAAAUCGCCUGGAGGGGCGCUGGACAAAAACCAGGUCUGCAGGUUUGGCGCAUCAACAAGUUUAAAGUUGAACACUGGCCUAAGGAUGAUUAUGGCAAUUUCUACAACGGUGAUUCUUACAUUAUCCUCAAUACCUACAAAAAGCCUGAUUCGAAAUCUGAGGAGUUGCUGUACGAUGUUCAUUUCUGGAUCGGGCAGUACUCCACACAGGACGAGUAUGGCACAGCAGCAUACAAGACCGUAGAGUUGGACCAUCUCCUGGACGACAAACCAGUGCAGCAUCGCGAAGUGAUGGACUACGAGUCGGACUUGUUCAAGACUUACUUCCCCUCUAUCACUAAGAUGGAGGGCGGUUGUGCCACUGGAUUCCGCCACGUUGGGCCCAAGCAGUACGAACCACGCCUACUGCAGUUCAAGGGUGAUAAGAAGAAUGUCACUCUUAGAGAGAAACCUCUCAACAAGCAUGUCUUGGACUCCAGUGAUGUCUUCAUCUUGGAUCUGGGACUGAAGAUCUUCCAGUGGAACGGCGAGACUUGCAACAAAGAUGAGAAAACUAAGGCUAUGCAGUACGUGGCCCAGCUGAAGGGUCGUCGUGGGAAAGCCUCCAGCCAAGUCCUGGAGUCGGCCCGCAUUGGUCCCGAUCAUCAAUUCAUGCAGGCUCUAUCUGACGACCCGCUGGAUGAGGAAGACGCAGCAGUGGGCGUGGAUGACUCCCAGCCCGCCCUCUUUAGGCUGAAAAACACUGACAAGCUUUACUUCACGAAGGAGGCGGAGGGAAGCCUGCCAAAAUCCAAGCUGGAUCCUAAUGACGUGUUCAUCGUCGACAACAAGAAGGAACUGUACGUGUGGGUGGGCAAGGGCGCCGACUCAGCCGAGAGAAAGAACGCCUUCUCCUACGCCCACAAAUAUCUGCAGGACACCAAGCAUCCCUUCAUCCCAAUCACGUGCUUCAACGAGGGUCAUGAGAAGCCUGAAUUCUUCAAGGCUCUGUCUUAAGACAGUCACCGUGACCUAUGACAUCCAGAUCGACCUAUUACAUCACCUCUUACCUCACUUACGCAGACACAGGCGUUCUUGAAAUUUUAGAUACAAACGCUUGUAUCAUGCAGAUGACACUAAAGUGUUAAAUGCACAGCAACACAUUGGUAACGUUCAACACUAAAGUGGUAAAUGCAUUGGUAACGUUCAACCGUUGUAAAUGUACAGCAACACAUUGGAAACGUUCAACACAUUGUCACAGCACGUCACUGUUUCAGUUUCAUAUUUACAGUCUUGCUGCAUGGUUAAAAAUUUCGCACAACAUCGCAGUGACCACUACAAUGGCAAAAAGUGCAACUAAAGAUAUAACAAGCCACAAAACAGGACAAAGAAAAAAUUCCGGUUGUACAAUAGUCUACUACUUACAGCACUGCCAGGUAUUAAACUCUAAACUUAAAACACUGCAACAAUAAAUCAUCACAUUAACCACAUAUUCUGUCUGUGAAAAAAAAUACUCUGGGGAAUUGCGAACACCGCAGUUUUGUACGUUUUUAAGACACGAAGUAGGAUGUCGAAUAUCGAAGUUUGUGGCGAACAGCUAAUAAUUUUAAAUGAUCUGUGAUAAUAAUACCAGAAAGCGGUUUAACUAGUUAACGAAGAAAGUCGCUGUUUCGUUGUAGCAAAGUAUCUGUAAUGUUUAUAUUUCAAUUGGUAUUUAUUUUUAAAAGCUCAUAAAAAUAAUUCCCAGUAAAGUGAAGGUUGGACGUUCUAAAAGUCUUUAAACUAGUACCCAAAGUAACCUAUUGAAUGGACUGUAAGCCGCACGCAAUUCUAACACAAAGAAAUUAUUUUGGGAUUGAUCUUGUGAAAAUUAAAGGAUCUCUCCGAACCAACAAAGGGACAUUGCAAAAACAAAUGUGUAAAGUGACUACAUUAGAACCCAAGCGGCGUGCCUUUGAAACAUGUAGAUCAUGUUAGUGCUAUAGUUUAGAAUUACAUGUACAUUAUGUCUGAACAUCGUCAUGCGUUUUUAAAGGAAAAGUCCAGCUGAACAGUUCAGUGUUUUGUGAUCACUGCUAGUCAAGUUUUUUCCGAAUUCCAAAGCGAAAACUAAAAAUACAAUGUAGUCUAUUUUACAGGCAGCUUUUCCGCCUUUUCGGCGAUAUUACCACAUGUGUAAAGGAUAAGUUGGAUUUUUAGGUAAUACUUAACAAAAUACAUGGUAUCAUGUAUGUAAAAGAAGGUAAUUUUUUUAAGAGAUUAGAAAUAUAAGAUACUUUUUAAUCUUUUCUCUUAAUAACGUAAAGCAAAUUAGAAGAUUGCCAAGGCUUAUUUUUGUGAUUUCUAUGGCUGAUACUUCUUGCUGAAACAUUUUGUAGUGCAAUAGCAAUAGGCUAACCAGUGGUGUCGAAUGGUGGUAUGGUAAAGUGUAAGUGUUGUGUUCUUUCUUCCUUUUUUUCAUAAUCCGAACUUUAUGACAUAAAAUUAUUUCUGUUACAUGUAUUUUGCAUGAACAAUAAAAAUUAAAGUAGAUGACAAGCAACUGCAGUUGAAAGAAUUCGAUCGGAAAUGUC